GUCUUGCCUGGGGAAACGAUUAAUCAAACCACCUUCUAAUUUUCAGGAGAGAGAAUUCGAGAACGAGCAGAGGGACAGAGUCGUCAUUUUCCAGCACCUACCCUUCAUCUUCGCUCACUCACACACACACUCUUGUUGGUAUUUGCGGUUUGCCCUCACCUUCGUUUAUAAGUUAAGUGACCUUUUAUUUUCAAUUUUCCUUGAAAUUCUCUCACAUAUAACUAGAUCAGUGGGAGAAGGCAGCCGAGGCUUUUCGGUUUUCUCAUUCCCUCAACCUCUUCUUCUUCCCCCAUUCCUCUCUCUCUCUCUCUCUCUCUCUCGUUGUUCGUCUUCCGGGAAAGGCUCGGUGAGUGUGUGUGUCGAUUUCUCUCUGAAAUUCACUGUUCGUCGGCGGGGACUGUGACUGGGUUUUUCUUCGUUGAGGUUAGUUUCGAGUGUCAAGACCGAUAGGCUCUUCGUUUCUGCUGUGUGUCUGCUUUUGUUUCCUGCUUCGUUGCUGGUAGUCGAUGAGUUCCUGGUGUGCUCUGUUGGAUGGAUCUGCGUUUUUUUUCUUCUUCUUCUUCGUUUUGAUGUUGUGGUGGUACUUACACUGUGUCGAUUUUGCUUGUUUAGCGCCAUUUUGGGUUUGGAAUUCCGGGGGAGAGUUGAGAGCCGUUUCGGUGGUUCUGGCCGGUUUGUUUUCGGCCUUCGAGGUUUGUAGUGGUAGGUGUAGUGUUCAGUGUUUGUUGAUUGUUCUCGGAGUUUCUAAGGGGAUCUUGUGUAGUGCCUGUGGUUUGAAGCUUCUAGGGUUUUGAGCGAUAACCGUCUCGUUGCAGUGAGUGGUUGGCUGACGCUGAAAUGGGAGCUUGAUACUGUUUGCUUCCUCGUGGGUUUGGUGGUCACUGCUUACCCAUUUUGGUUUGCCUGUGAGUUGGCUGUGUCUUUGGGAGAACGAUUUUCAUUUUCUGCUGUGUGCUUCUGUGAUUGUUUCCUUCAGUCCGUGUCAAUAUUUCUGUUUCUAUUAUUUAGAUUGCUGACGUUUGAUGGGUUCGGAGGCCAAGAAUGGCCAUGAAAGUGUUGUUGUUUCUUGGGUUUGGUCACUGAUUUCCCGGUUUGUUCGCCUGAGUGUUGGGUCCGACAGUAUGUGCUUCUGUGCGCCAUUUCUUUCAUUCGGUGUAAAUCUCUGUGUUCUACUCUGUGGAUGUUACUUUUGAUGGGUUCCGAAGCUGAGAAUGGCCUCAUUUUAGGAGGGUGUUGUAACCAAGACGAAGGAUUUUGUUCUUAAAGUUGUUUCUGCUUCUGGUGUUUUCCUUUUACCAUGUGAGGUUGGGGAUGGGUGUCUUGAGAAGUGAGAGGUCAGUUGGGGGUUUCUAUUAUCUGCUGUCUGAAUGCUGAAAACCUGUGGUUGACAUUCAGUUUUUGGAAGGCGUUGUGAUGAGAACGAAGAUUUUGUUCUUGAAACUGUUCCUACUACUGUUAUUUUCUUUCUCCACCGUGAUGCUUUGGAUAGGUUCUUAAGUGAGAGUUCUGGUGGGUGUUAUUAGUUUCAUGAUCUGCUGCGUUUGAAUGGUGAGCGUUUGUAGUCUUAACAAGUGUGAGUUUGAGUGUGCAUUAUUAGCUUAGUUUAUGAUCCGUCUGAAUGGUGUAAACUUCUGGUAGUAGAUAAGUUUUUCUGGUCUGCCUGAUUGGUGAUCUCUUGUAGUCCAUUUUUGUGGGUAUAAUUGCAUUACUGACUUUGAAAGGUUUUUGUACAGGUUUUGAAAAUUGAAAUGGUGAGGAAGAGGAGAACUGAUCAUCCAGGUGGCGGUGAGGGCUCAGAGUCCUCACCUGGAUCUGAUCAUGGCCCAGAGCAGCAGUCAUCUGAGAGGAGUGGUCCACCUCAGCAAGGUGGUCGAGGUGGAGGUUCCCAAGGUGGUCGUGGCGCUGGUUCCCAAGGUGGUCGUGGUGGAGGGCCUCCGUAUCAGCAGCAAGGUGGACGGGGAGGUGGUUAUGGCGGUCGAGGCCGUGGUGCUCCCCAGAACAAUCCAUAUUAUGGAGGGUCUGGAGAGUAUCAAGGUAGGGGAAGAGGAGGGCCACCCCAGCAAGGUGGUCGAGGUUAUGGUGGUGGUCGGAAUGGUGGCCGUGAAGGAGGACCUCCUUACAGUGGACCAUCUAGAUCACAAGUUCCCGAUCUGCCCCAAGCAACCCCACCACCUUUUCAAGUUGGGUUGAGCCCUCAGCCCAGACAUACAGAGGCUAGCUCAUCUCAGCCUCCUGACCCUUCAACAGCAGCAAUAUCACAGCAGGUUCAGCAACUAACAAUUCAAGAAGAAUCAUCUGGCCAGGCUAUUCAGGCUGCACCUCCUGCCUCAAGCAAGUCUGUCAGAUUUCCCAUUCGCCCUGGCAAGGGUACUGUCGGCUCAAGAUGUGUUGUGAAAGCUAAUCAUUUCUUUGCGGAGCUUCCUGACAAGGAUUUGCACCAAUACGAUGUCACCAUUACUCCUGAGGUUACUUCGAGAGGUGUCAAUCGUGCUGUCAUGAACCAAUUGGUCACAUUGUACCGAUAUUCACAUCUAGGAGAGCGUCUUCCUGCUUAUGAUGGACGGAAGAGUUUGUACACUGCUGGGCCCCUUCCUUUCACAUCAAAAGAAUUCCGUAUCACCCUUAUUGAUGAAGAUGAUGGAACAGGCGGUCAAAGGAGAGAGAGGGAGUUCAAAGUGGUAAUAAAGUUGGCAGCACGGGCGGACCUGCACCAUUUGGGUCUCUUUCUACAGGGAAAGCAAGCUGAUGCACCGCAGGAAGCGCUCCAAGUUCUUGACAUUGUCCUGCGCGAGUUGCCCAAUGUGAAUUACACCCCAGUUGGGCGAUCGUUUUAUCAUCCUGAUAUUGGAAGAAGGCAGCCUCUUGGUGAAGGUUUGGAGAGCUGGCGUGGUUUUUAUCAAAGUAUUCGGCCCACUCAAAUGGGACUGUCACUGAAUAUUGAUAUGUCUUCCACUGCAUUCAUUGAGCCACUGCCGGUUAUUGAAUUUGUGACUCAACUGUUGAAUCGUGACGUCUCCUCUAGGCCAUUAUCAGAUGCUGACCGUGUGAAGAUUAAAAAGGCUUUGAGAGGUGUGAAGGUUGAAGUGACUCACCGUGGAAAUAUGCGAAGGAAGUACCGUAUAUCUGGUUUAACAUCACAGGCAACUAGAGAGUUGACUUUUCCUGUGGACGAAAGAGGAACCAUGAAAUCUGUUGUGGAGUACUUCUAUGAAACUUAUGGCUUCGUCAUUCAGCAUACUCAAUGGCCCUGUCUGCAAGUUGGAAAUCAACAAAGGCCCAACUAUUUACCCAUGGAGGUUUGUAAGAUUGUGGAGGGUCAGCGGUACUCAAAGAGGUUGAAUGAGAAACAGAUCACUGCUUUGUUAAAGGUGACCUGUCAGCGUCCCAAGGAAAGAGAGAAUGAUAUUAUAGAGACUGUCCGUCAUAAUGCUUAUCACAAGGACAAAUAUGCGAAGGAGUUUGGUAUCAAGAUCAGUGAUAGGCUUGCUAAUGUCGAAGCUCGUAUACUGCCUGCUCCAUUGCUGAAAUAUCAUGACACUGGUAGAGAGAAGGAUUGUCUACCCCAAGUUGGACAGUGGAACAUGAUGAACAAGAAAAUGGUCAAUGGUGGAACAGUGAACAAUUGGAUUUGCAUUAACUUCUCUCGACACAUCCAAGACAGUAUGGCCCGUGGAUUUUGUUAUGAACUUUCUCAGAUGUGUCAAACUUCUGGAAUGCAAUUUAACAGUGAGCCGGUGCUUCCUCCCAUCAGUGGUAGACCAGAGCAAGUUGAGAGGGUGCUCAAAACGAGGUACCAUGAUGCUAUGAUGAAGCUGCAGCCAGUGGGGAAGGAGCUUGAUCUGCUUAUUGUUAUCCUCCCUGAUAACAAUGGAUCUCUUUAUGGGGACUUGAAGCGGAUAUGUGAGACAGAUCUAGGGCUUGUGAGUCAGUGCUGCUUGACAAAACAUGUUUACAAAAUGAGCAAGCAGUACUUGGCUAAUGUAGCCUUGAAGAUAAAUGUCAAGGUUGGAGGAAGAAAUACUGUUUUGGUUGAUGCAAUUUCUCGACGUAUUCCUUUAGUUAGUGAUCGACCAACAAUCAUUUUUGGCGCUGAUGUUACUCACCCUCACCCUGGAGAGGAUUCGAGCCCCUCAAUUGCAGCUGUUGUUGCUUCUCAAGACUGGCCAGAGAUAACUAAAUACGCAGGUCUUGUUUGUGCUCAAGCACAUCGCCAGGAACUCAUUCAGGAUUUGUACAAGUCCUGGAAUGAUCCUGUCAGAGGCCCAGUAUCUGGUGGCAUGAUCAAGGAGUUACUAAUAUCUUUCCGCCGCGCAACUGGUCAAAAGCCACAGCGUAUUAUAUUUUACAGGGAUGGAGUUAGCGAGGGGCAGUUUUAUCAGGUUUUGCUGUAUGAACUUGAUGCUAUCCGGAAGGCUUGUGCUUCAUUAGAACCCAACUAUCAGCCUCCAGUAACUUUUGUUGUGGUGCAAAAGCGUCAUCACACAAGACUGUUUGCCAGCAAUCAUAAUGAUCGUAAUUCCGUUGACAGAAGUGGGAAUAUACUACCUGGUACUGUUGUGGACUCCAAAAUCUGCCAUCCAACAGAGUUUGAUUUUUACCUCUGCAGCCAUGCUGGUAUUCAGGGGACUAGUCGUCCGGCACAUUAUCAUGUUCUGUGGGAUGAGAACAAGUUCUCUGCUGAUGCGCUGCAGUCACUGACAAAUAACCUGUGCUACACAUAUGCCAGGUGCACCCGUUCGGUUUCUAUUGUGCCACCAGCGUACUAUGCUCAUCUUGCUGCCUUCAGAGCUCGUUUCUACAUGGAGCCAGAGUCAUCAGACAGUGGCUCUAUGACCAGUGGGACUCAAGAUUUUGGUCGUGGAGGUCCAGGAGGCGGGAGGGCUACUCGUGGCCCUGGUGCCAAUGCGUCUGUCAGACCAUUGCCUGCACUGAAGGAAAAUGUGAAGAAGGUUAUGUUCUACUGUUGAGUGGCUUUUCAAAUGGUAAUUAAGGAGAGGGGAGUGAGUGAGUGCGCUGAGGGGUGGAAGAACAGAUGUUUUGAAGUCAGUCGGUUGCAUUUUACUUUUUAGCAGAGUAUUGUCGAUAAUUUGUGCCUGCUCAUGCUCUUGCUACUGGUUUGAUCUGAUGAGCAGUGUGCUCUUUUGGUUUUUGUUGGGCAUUGUACGCUCUGAUGCAUUGCUAUGUUUAUACUUUAUACUACUGAAUUGGAUAUUGUUGUUGGUAUCUUAUCUGCUAUGUUUAUUGAAGUGCUAUGUUCAUAGAGAAUUUACAUGGUGCAGUUGUUUAUUAUGUCGAAUGUUACCUGCUUUGCUUGAGUCAUGUUUCGUUAACUAUCUUUAUUUACCCAUUAGACCUCAAAAGUUCAGAAGUGUAUACGUGAAGAACGAAAAUAGGAUUGAAUUUACGUGAUGCAAUGUGUAGCAGCCUUGUAGGAAAAAGGCAUAUAAUAUGUACGAAAAGUAUAACAAUCAACACUCAAUAAAAGCCUUUGCAAAUA